GCAUUCUAAUUACUGAACAGUACUUAAAAGUGAGAUGUAGCUCUGCCACUAUUACAUACCAUACGCAGAUCAACUAGAGUGAGACAACAAUGGUCAAGCUCUGCUCGUUGGUGUUUUUCGUGUGGAUAGCAGUGGUCAGCAAUGGCGUUUUGGCAGGUAAGCUGGAUUGGGUAAAAGUUGUGAAACGCCCAGCUUGCAAGCGUUUUGAUGUCAGCGUCAGCAUUGACUGCGACAGAGGGCUCAUCAAACGCCCGUCUAACUACUGGUUCAAGAAGCUGUGCGACUACUGUAGAGAGGGUAUUAAGAAAUACUGGUCCAGAAAGAUUUCCUAUGGUGGUAGCACCUGGAAAGUGAAUGUCUACACAGUGCUGAAAAGCAGGGGAGACAGGAAAAAAAUCAAGCUAAGGUACUACAAGAGAAAAGGAUGGUUCUUCAGCAGUACGCGCUCCCACAACUCAGACAUCUUGAAAAUGACGGUGAAAUAUCUGGCCUACAAAAGUAACGCUGCACUUCGCUUCAAACGGACCUGUGCUCACGAGAUCGGCCAUUCCUUCCUAAAAGCUGCGCGUGGACUAAAAUAUAGUUGGGGACACAAAGGUACCUCAAGCAUCUUUGGAAAAAUAAAGUCAAAUGCGCCAUCUUAUCCCAGCAGAGGUGAAAUUGACCUGAUGAAGUACUACAAGGGCAGUGCCAGUAAUUACUACUCCAGAUCGAUCGCCGCCGAAAGUGACGUGAAGGACUUGGUGUUCAAAGUUAGAGACAGUUACACCACCAAUUCUGGUAAAUGCUGAUUGUCAGGCUUUCCCUUCACAUUUUGAGAAAACCUGAAGAAUCGUAUUCUAACGAAAUGAAAGCGCUUUUUAGAAGAGUGCAAAACUAUAUCUGUAACUCAUUUGUUUUUCUUUUGGGUGUCUACAAAGAAUAACCAACCUCGAAAAAAAAACUUUUUCAAAGGACAUGGAGCCUGCGGCAGCUGAAAAUAUACGUCAUCUAGGUACUUUCCUAGGAAAUUCAUAGAUAGAAAUCAUUAGAAACCUGUGUUACACUUUGUCUAUUGAUAUUCAACCUGUCACAAAAAAUAAGAAGCAUGACAAAUCUCACAAUUAAUAAAGACAAUUUACAAAAUUA